AUGGAUAUUGGGCGGGAAAAUAAAACAAAAUAGCAAUUAAGCAGCCGCUCAAACGCUACUUUUCGCCCAGGGAAAGAAAUUGAAGCAGGAAGGACACAGUCACACAGCCGGGGAGAGAACCCAGAGGGAAAGAUUCCGACCGACGCCGGUGGAAAUGAGAGGUUAUCAUCGCGGGCAGAAGGAUUCCUUCAUCCCACCGCCGGGACAAGACCACCACCGUCGUCAAUUCAAAGCCUCCCGCGACUCCGACGCGAGCUUCGCCAGCAGCCGCCCGUCGUCCGUUGGCGUCGGCCGCCCGUCCGCCGCUCUGGUCGAUGCCUACAAGGACCGCUCCCACCAGGCGGAAACUCUUCGCGCCAUCAACUCCUACCUCUCCUCUCAGUCCUCGUCCAUCGUGCUUCCCACGGGCCAAGCCCCUUCCAGCAAACAGAUCAAGGAAACCGUAGCUUUCCUUCUCCUGCAGCUCGAUUACCCGGUCGAGCUCAAGUCUGUCGAAGACGAUCUGUUGAGCGUUCUCAAAUUCUUCAAAUGCCCUAUCAAGAUCAACGGGUCUACGCUCCGCGCUCCCAACACUCCGCACAAUUUCCCUUCCUUCCUCGCCCUAAUGCACUGGCUGGUUCAUAUUGCCAAUUGUAGCGAGCAUCUCAGGAAGAAGUCAGGUUCGUCUCUUAAAAAUGAUGAAAUACUUGCUCACGCCUUCGAUACUUACUUGAAGUACAUUGCCGAUGACCAAGACUCGGAAGAGGCGUUGGAUGCGGAAUUCACAGCCAAGUUGGAGAAGGACAAGGAUGAAGUCAAGGAAGGGAUUGCGUGGUUGGAGAAUGAGUGUGGUGAAUUGGCUGCCGAGGUGGAGAGGUUGAAGACUGCGCCGUCGGAGAGGGUGAGAUUGGAGACGGAGAAGGGUUGUCUGGAACAGGACGUGAGCAAGUUCCAUGUCAUGUUGGGGGAGUUCAAACAGAGAAUCGAGAGCACGGAGAAGGUGUUGCAGGAAAAGCGAGCCGCCAUCGUUGCCAAAGUUGAGGAGACGAAUAGGUGCAUCGCCGAGAAUGAGGAGUUGAAGAAGCAGGUAGAGAGCCAGAGUUUUAAUAUCCGGGAUGCGGAAAGGAUGAGGAGGGAGCUUCAGGCGGUGGAGAGAGAAUUCGAGGAGGCGGAAGCUUCGAGGAACGAGUUGGAGGAGAAGAUAUGGGACCUGGAAGCAACGAUUGGGAAAAAGUUCAAGGAGCUUGAGGCAGUGGCCAUGGAUUGUAACCAGGAGGCUAGGAGAUUGAAGCUUGAGAACAUCUUUCAGCAUGGCUUGAAUGCUAACGGUUCCACCCCUGCUGAAGUAAUGGGGAUCGACUACAAGUCUACGCUUAAACCUAGACUUAAUUCCCUUGCUGAUGAUCUAAAGAAGAGCUGUUUGUUAAAGUUGGAGGAGGAUAUGUCGCUUCAGCAACAAUCAUCAGAAUUGGCAAAUAAGCUGGAUAUCAAAAGACAAGAUCUUUCCCAGCUCCAGUCUCAGAUUGAUGAAAUGGAAGCCCAGCUGAAUCAUAUCAAGACAGAAAUAGAGGAUUACCAGAGCAGAUGUGCAUUGGAAGCAAAAAGCAUGGUGGAAAGCAUUGGAAACGAGGCACAUACCUUGAUGUUGUUAGAAAAAGAAGCUGCAGCUAUUCUGCAGGAUAAGAAGGUAAAGUUAGGAGAAGCAAUCAAACAAAGUGAAGAACAAGUCCAAAUGAAAGCUCGUCAACUUUUCACCCUGGUGGAUUCAGUCUCAAAGUACAAGGAGCACACUGACUCCUGUAUCUCGCGCAUGAAUAACAAGCUCACUGAAACUGAGGCUGCUAUUUCAGAUGCCAACAAUACUGUUUUACCCCUUCAACUGCGCACCAAUUCUACAGCCUGAGGUAAAACAUGCUGCUAAGAUUGGUCUACAAUGAAAGAUCACUAUGAUCAAAAUCUUUUCUCCUUUGGCAUUUUCUUCUCUAGUCUUCCUUGCAAUGAUUUCUAUUCUUGCAUAUACAUUACACUGUGUAUGACAUCCUCAUGAGACGAAAUGUUAAUAUUAUUAUAUGGUCUUGACAUUGGAGCUAGACUAUGAGGUCAAUGUUGAUAUUUGCUAGAAUAUGAUCAAAGUCUUUCGUUGAGCUAGACUGGUCAUGGUUCAAGAUACGAGGUUAGAAGAUCAGUGUGAAUCAAUCGAAUAUACAUAUUGUGUUUUCUUGAUUAAUUUUCGGAUUUCGAUGAUUGAUAGUAGGUCUAUAAUUAAUGAAAUUUUACUUGAAUCC